CCGCGCGUUAAUGUAUUUUUCCAAAAAGAUCGAAAUAACGAGAGCAUGCAAAUUUCUUUUUACUUCAGUCUAGUUGGUAAUAGUCGUGCAAUAGAAGUAGAAUUUUAAGUUGCUAAUAUUGAUAUGCCGAUUGACGUUUGUAAGGUGCCCGAAAUAGUUAAAAGAAAAGUAAAGAAAACGAGGGAGAAAUAUUUGUUUUAGGGAGAAUGUCAGAUUCAAUGGUAGAUGAAAGGGUGACUGAUGAAAUCGAAGCCUUAAAAGCUAUUUUAUUAGACGACGAACUGACCAUAAAAGAAAAUGACAGAGGAGAGCCAGAGUAUAUCGAAACUAUAUUAUUCCCCUCGACUGGAGAAGAUUCACAAUCGCAAUAUGUCUGCGUUACCCUUGUCGUACAAUUACCUUAUGGGUAUCCAGAUAUAUCUCCCAAUAUUAGCUUAAGAAAUCCAAGAGGAUUGGAUGAAGAUACAGUAAGGUUAAUGCAAUCUGAUGCUGAAGCUAAAUGUAAAGAUUUUAUUGGACAGCCAGUAAUGUUUGAGUUAAUUGAGUUGAUUAGGGAACAUCUUACGAGAAGCAACUUACCUACAGAUCAAUGCGCCGUUUGCUUAUAUGGCUUUAGAGAAGGCGACGAAUUUACAAAAACAGAAUGCUAUCAUUACUUUCAUUCUCAUUGCUUAGCGGCACAUGUUGCAGCAGCUGAACGUUAUUAUAGAGAAGAACAAGAGAAAUUACCGCAAUGGCAACAAGAUACUACUAACAAAUUUCAGGCUAUUUGUCCUGUUUGCCGGGAAUCUAUACAUUGCGACGUGGAAAGUUUAUGGUCGGCUCCACCUCCUAUUGACGUGGAAGCAGCCACAGACUUUUCAGUUACUGCCGAAUUAAAAGAGCUUCAAAAGCAAAUGGCAGCAUUAUACUUGAGACAACAACAAAGGGGUGGUAUCAUUGAUUUAGAAGCCGAAGGGGAAAAAAUGUUGCUAAGAACUGAAGACGAUACUGCUGUCUCCACUGAGAGAUUUAAUCCACCUAGUACUAGCUUAAACACAUAUGCUAAUCAAUCUAUUCAAUCUGUCACUCAAGUGCAAUCUUCGAACAAUACGCAAAACCAACCACGACAAUUCCAUCACAAUCAUCACGGACAUAAUAAUCAUGGACAUAAUAAUCACGGACAUCGUAACCGAGGUAGAGGACGUGCCCAUUAUCGACGUCAAUUUGAUAAAAUGAGGCAUACCGAAACUACUCCCAGAUGACAAUGGGCUCGAGAUCAUAUAUUAACUGCCUGGUCAUUUACUUUGCUGAGCGUAUUUAAUACAGUUAGCAUUAUCAUAUUCAUAAAUGUAAUAUAUCGUAAUUAUCUAACUUUAAAUCAUCUUCGUGUGAUAAAAUUAUAGGUGUUAUUGUUCAGCAAUAUUCCCAUUGCACCGGCGUAUAAGAUGGGAUGUGUUGAAAGUUCUAAGGACUGUCUACAUAGACUGAAGCCAUGGUGCUCUUUAAACUGCAAGUGUACAGAUUUUUUCAUUCAGUUUCUAUAUUUUUACAUUCCUGCAAUAAUACCACCUGUGGAAAUAUUUUUCGUCGAUAGAACCACGUUAAAGAUAUUUUAACGGUGCUUUCUAAUUAGAAAUUAUCUUUAAAGUAGCAGAUAUAUUAGUAUCCUGCGCAUAUAUCUUAAUGUAGCAUUUCAAAGUGGUUCUCAAUUCGUAAUCCAAUAUGUUCAAUAAUACUCGUGUAAUAUCUCUUAUAAAAUACAUAAGUAAGAAACACAUUCUGCAUAUUCUUAUAGAAUUUUCUUAUUAGAAAAAUACAAAUGUCUCAUCAAUUAUAAAAUUAUUUAACUUGUUAUGUCAAAAUCAACGUGCUUUUUUUAAGCUUUCUAUAACUUUGUAUUUAGAUUAUUAUUUUUCUAUGCAGGAUAAAGGCAUUGUCUAUUGUAGAUAUUCCUUCAACAUAUAUAAAUUGAACAAAAAUUGUUAAUAGUUUUAAUCUCUUCCACAUGAAUGUGAUAAUUACGAAAGGGUAAUAGUAGGCUAAAAAUGAAAUCUUCAAGUAAUAUCUAUUAAAAUAAUUGAUUUACGAUUAGAAAAGACAUUAUAAUGAUGUUCACUCUUCUAUCAGUAAUAUUAUCAUUUUUCUUCACGAAAUAAUUUAUUACAUGACGAUGAUUGUUAUAUUUUUUAUGUUAGUCUAAAUAUUACAUUUCAGAAAUACUGAUAAUUAUCGAACUAAUAAUUGGCGAUAUCAAAUUGGACAUAAUCUCUAUUGAUUAUAAGUAUAACGAUUUCUUGCUCGAUAGAAAGAAGAACUAUUGAAGAAAUAUCCUUUUUGCCUAAUAUUUUGUCUAACAUUUUGCCUAGCCUAUGCGCCCGUUAAGUCUAUACAAUAUUAACAUAUGAGUGAGUGAUAGACACAAUACCUAAUUUAAUUGUUUCAUUUUAAUUUUAACGAACGGAAGAUAAGACAACAAAUUUGAAGCUUUCAUCUAAUAACAUAGUAAUCUUUCUAUCUAUUUUAUUAUUGUCCCUAUAAUUUAAUUAUUUUUCUUCGCAGCGUUGAAUUUGAAAAGCAUUUUUUUUAACUAAGUAAUUGCGUUAACGCAUUCUUGUGUAUUGGGCAGCAUAAUAUUAACAAAAAAUAUCCAAUACUUGGAAAUAUAAUUCUAUAGCAAAAUUUGUUGAAAGAUAGUCGAAAUAAAAUGUUGCUUGUGAGACAAUGUUUCUCAAAUCCUGGAUUUGUGGCUUAUGUAGCCGUUGUUCCUACGUAUGUAAUAUAAUGAUACAGUAUAAUUAUAUUUGCCAACUAUUUCAAUUUGUAAGCACCAAAGACUGCCGAGUUUAGAAAAGAAAAUCAAUUGAUUUGAUAUACAGGGUGUUGCAGAUAAAAUCAACGAAUUUAUCGAUCGUGUUUGGAAGAUUUUGAUCAAAUGUCUAUAUAAACAUGGAUUCAAAUUAUUUAUCAGGAAAUAAAGAAUUUUAGAACCAUGUCUAUAUAAACAUUUUUUUUUUAUCAAGUAAUUUAAAUUCUUCAAUAUAAUUCUUCGGUUUAGAACUUUUCUUUUCUGGACCACUUUGAGAUCUGUUUAAAAUAUGCAAUUUUACUUUUCCUUUUUUAGUAUAUUUUAUUUUCUACUACAAUUAUCUGUGAUAUUUUGUAAAUGUGGAUAUUAGAACCCGAAUUUUGGCAUAUAAUCAUUAGCUUUACUUUUAUAGUUUCGUUAGAAUUACUAUUGGUAAAUUCUAUCUCUAUACUUUUAUUAUUUAAUGCAAUUUAAGAUUAUUUAAAUAAGUUACAGAAUAAUAAAUUAAAAUUUCUCAUUAAUGAUAUUAUGCAUUAAGCAAUAAAUAAGUAAACACUUUUAAUAAAUAUUGAGUUAGAACUGCCAAAAUCCGGAUUCUUGUUACUAUUUAGUUUUUAUUGUAAUAGUACGGUAAAUAUAAAUAUUUCAUACGAAGGAUUAGAAAUUGAGAACUGAUUGCAUACACGAUGUUUUAUAUGUGUGGCAUUAUAUAGAUUCAUACUUAAUGUUUAAUUUUAUUAAUAUUAAUUUUAUCAUUUCAAAUAAUAAAUUACCUAAUAUUAA